GAAUAACACUCUGGACUACGAUGUUGCAGCUGGUACCAACUUCCAGUACGAGGCUACCGUACUGGCCACAGAUGCCGGCACUCCUCCUCUGACAACUGAGGUCCGCGUUCUGAUCACAGUGACUCCUGUGAAUGAGCACGACCCGGUCUUCCAGGGGCCCUUGGUGAUCGAUGUGCGAGAAGACACCAGGAGGGGGUCAGCAAUAGGCACCCUAAGGGCCACAGACCAGGAUUGGCCCCAUGAUAACAUCCGUUACUCCAUCCUGGAGGGGGAAGGACAGUUCUCUCUUGACCCAAUAGGAGGGCAGCUAUACCUGGACCGGGACCUGGACUUUGAGGUCCAGAUGCAGCACGAGCUGACGGUGAAGGCUGUGGACUUUGAUCAGGAUGUGGACAAAACCAAACUGCGGACAGGCAUAGCACAGAUCACCGUUAUGGUGGUGAAUGUGAAUGAUAAUGCCCCAGUGUGUGACCCUGUGUCCUACGAGUCCACCAUAUUCUCCACACUGGCCACCAACACUGCCAUCCUCAGCCUCACCUGCACUGAUCUGGACAGAGAUCUCCUCACUGCCACCAUCACCAGUGGUUCUGCCGUGGAUCGAUUUGAGAUGAGAGGCUUGGUGCUCUUCUCCAGGAACAUCUUUUCGUUUGUCCCAGAUGGAGUGUACGACGACACGUAUUAUGAGAUCACCAUCUCCGUGUCUGACGGCAAACACAGCACCACUACCGUGGCCUACAUACACGUUGUUCCGUGGACCACCACAAAACCUACAACCACCACCACUACCACAACGAGGAGGCCCGAGGUGGUGACAGUGAUAAAUGACUUCUGGGACCCGGAUCCGUGGUUUGUGGCAGCUCUGACGAUCACGGGAGCACUGCUGCUCCUACUGCUGAGCCUUCCUCUGUGGAUUAAACUCUUCCGUGGCACAGUAUGUCGCACAGGAGAACAGACUGAGCCACUUGUAAAAGAAGGUGAUGACAUGGAUAAGCCAAAUGAUUCAAACAACCAGGACUCUCGCCCGCCUUCUAGCCAGGCUUCCCUUGAUGGCACACUAAGUCUGUCCAAAGUCAGCCUUCAAGAUGAGCUUCUGAGGUUUGAUGGAAAGGCCCAAGAUCCAGUUUCAGGGCGAAGCUACUUGUUCAACUCUGCGACUGGAGAGAGGCGUUGGCUGGACUAAGACACAUGGAGAAGAGAGAUGAUGGAGCCAGACAGACUCGGGAAAAAAUUACAUUUGUACAAAAUACAAUCACUGUUCAUGCCACUUCA